ACCAAUUAAAAAUUCUGCACAUCCGUUUAUAUAGAUUUUGUUUGCUGCUUUCAUCAACGCUUACUAACUUUAUGAUGAAAAAAAUGCUACUCGCUUUUUUAAUCUUUACAACAUUUCAAGGGUAUUCGGCAUUUGCUCAGUUUCCUCUCGAAGCAUAUUGGAACAUUUCAAACUUAAGUUGGAACGUAGACACAUCAGAGUUCCUGUGUCAAUCAAACAAAACUCCCAGUUGUUGCAGCUGUAGUAGUACUUGCUUUUUACAUAAGACAUGCUGCAUUGACAUUUAUUGGAAUAAAAGUGAUCCACUCCCAUUGGUUGACUACAUGAAUAAAAUUGUAAAAAUAUCAAAAGCUGUAAAAGAUACAGUAUGUGAAAGUUUAGCAUUUGUUAAUUUGAACCAAGGUCACGUUAGUAAGAGUUAUAUGAUGGUUCACUCAUGUUUAAAGGAAGCAAAUAUUGAAGAUAAAAAUCAUUGUACCAACAUAAGUACUCAAAACUUAUUCGAAAGUAUUCCAGUCAUAGGAUCUGAUAAUAUGCUUUAUAGAAAUGCUGCAUGCGCAAAAUGUAAUUUUGCAAGUUACCAAACGGUUAAUUUGACAAUACUCUGUAAAAAAAUUGCAUCUAAUAAAAAUUUAAAAACAACUAUGAACCCUGAAAAUAAAAAAAAAUGGUCAGAUAUUUUAGAUAAGUACGAGGUUUGUACUAUCAGUAUAGAGGAAAACAAAGAUAUUGAAAAAUACAUACUUGCAUGUGAUUUAAACUCAAAAACUGACUUUUUAAAUUGUCCUCAUGGAAAUCCGUAUUACGAUUUAUGUAAUUCAUAUUCAGGAAAGCUUUUAAAAAAGUACAAAAAUAUUGACUGCUAUAGAUGUGCUAACAGCAAUUUGGGAGAUCUAAAUAAAGACAACUUUAUAUGCUUAGAACCGACUGAAGGGCUUGACAGUGGAAAUGAUGGGGAGGAAUUUAAUUGGGCUGCGUUAAUUAAUAUCAACGAUGGGUUGAUAGUAAAAAAGUCGUUUGAUUCUAACUCUCCUUCUAAUGGUAAUGAAUGCGAUGAAGGUUAUUACUUCGAUGCAUUUACUGAUGAAUGUGAAAUAAGUGAAAUAAAAAAUAAAAAUGAUAACUUAAAUUCAUCUGAAUCAUUCGGAUUAAAAUGUCACUGGAAUAAUUAUUUGCGCAAUACUGACACAGAAAGUUUUAAUGACUGCUUAUUUUCUCAACAACCCGCGUUAUUUGUGCUUGUAAAUAAAACUACUAAUUUCACUGCAGUAAAUGAAAUAUUUUUGGAAACAAUAAACUCCUCCCUCGUCAUCUCUUCAAGUAACUUAAAAAAUAAAAAUUAUAAAAUACUUAGAACAAACGGGGGUUUUACAUUAGAAAAACUACAACCUGUUAAAAAACAUCAAUCAAUUAUUUUCAGUUAUGCAACUUCGGCGUUAAUAUCGUCAAUAAAAAAUCAAAAAAUCACCGAAAUGUAUGGAUUUGAUUUAACAAGAAGCUAUAAAGGGAAAAAAAUUUGUGCGCAACCAGAAACUAUCCAGGUUUUUGAUAAAAACUAUUCUGCAUCAUCUUUCAACUCCGUUCAUUAUAAUAUAACUGAUGAGGAGAUAGUACUCUGGAUUGAUAUUGCACCGUCUGGAAUAGAAAAAAAAUAUAUCAGUUACUGCAAAGUUUUUCAUUUACAACAACAGUGUUCUUACAAUGUAAUUAAAAAUUACACUUUAGAACUGAAUCAAACCAUUUUCUACUACGAUAACGGUAAACGUUAUACUUACCUCCCAAAUGAAUACAUCCCACUUGCAAAUGGUGUUGGAGUAUGUAAAGAUAUCGACAAUAACAUUGCUUUAAAAUGGAAAACUAAAGUUUUGAACGUGGCAAACAUUGUUUCAAAUAUUGUAACAUUAGCAAGUGUACUGUGUUAUUUAAUAAUCAUAAUUGUUUACACGUACUUUCAAGAACUUAGAACAUGGUCGAGUGUGACGUCAACAACGUUAUGUAUAAACUUAUUUUUUGCUGAUUUUACCUUCUUAAUUUCAACUAUAGUCUACAAAAAUAGAAUAUGGUGCGAAGUGUUCUCUAUACUUUUACAUUGGUUUCUAUUGGUAGCAUACCAUAGUCUCCUUAUCUUAGCGCUUGACGUGGCUACUACGUUCGGUUCUUAUAAUCAUCAAUUUUCAAAACGCAAAAAGUUAAUUCAAUACUUUAUUGUAAUUUAUGUUAUACCAUCAAUAUAUUUAUUUAUAAAUGUUACUUUGGAAAAAACCGAUGUUGCGUAUAUAGGCUAUGGAGAUGGAAUUUGCUGGAUUCGAGGAUUUUAUGCGAAGCUUUUCUCUUUUAUAAUUCCAAUCGUAAUUAUUAUUUUAACAUCGUUAAUAUGUUUGUUGUUUACUGUUUAUAAAAUCACAUUGUCAGAAAUAAAAACCAACAAAGUAUUAGGAGAAGGCAGAACAUUUCAAGUGAAUGUUGCUAAGGUAACUUUAAAACUUACAUUAAUACUUGGAGUAAUUGAGUUACUUGGUUUUGUUCAAAUAAGUAAAUCAUCGUUGUCAGAAAGAGAAGAGACCUUUAAUACCAUUGUUGCAGUUAUAUACAUGCUUUUUAGAUCUGCUAAGGGUAUCUUGUUGUUUGGUGCUUAUAUUUGUAUUCAAAAGGUUCAAAAAAUAGUUACAAAAUCUAUUCCGUUCUUUAUAAACAAACGUCAAGGUGCUUACACAAGGGAAGAAAAACAUUCUUUAACAGCUUUAAGCUCAGUAUCAUAAUGAAUAUUCUUUUAAUCAAAAACGUAUACUUACUUUAUAAAAAUAUAACAACGAGGAAUAGAAAAUUGUAUGUAACAAAAACAAAUAUAUACAUUUAUAGAAUUUAUAAAAUUAAUUUUUGAUUAAUUUUUAAGUUCUAUUUUAGUUAUAUUAAAUAAAUUUUUAAUUUCACAUUUCUUGAAGAAAUUU